CGCUCUUUAUCUUGAAUUGCUCUUCAAGAUAAUCGCCUUUUAUCUGCUUUUUGCCUAUUUGGUCAAGAAUGGAAAAUAGCUAACGGAAACUACAGACAUGAAUAUUUGUGAAACGCCAAUCGCGAACGCUCUUCAAGAUAAUCGCGUUUGUGGAACGCUCUUUGGUGGUUCUGUUUCAGCCAAAAAGACAGAGAACCGCGAUGAUGACGAAGCGCGGGUUCAGGACCACCGUCCUCGUCAUCGUCAAUUUUGUGUGAUACCGAAAAUACCCCUGGUUGGGUCGAAGAUUCUCACGCCUUACCACCAAUCCCAACCCAAGCGAACCAAUCCUCGUGAUCUCACUCCUCUCCUUGUUCUCCAUCUGGAUCUGGUUCUUCCUCUUCGGCCCCAUCCGAUCGGGCCUCAAGAUCUGGUUCUUCCUCCUCGUCCCCAUCCGAUCGGACCUCAAGCGCUUUGAAUUCCUCAGAUCUGUUCUCUCCGAUUGUGGCUGUAACAGUGUUUCGCGGAGAUGGCAUCGGAGCAGGGUGACGCUGUUCUGUCUCUGGAGUCGCCGGAUCUGGAGGAAGAUGGUGGAGGUGGAGGUGGAGGUGGAGAGUCUGAUUCCGACGAGGAUUUACGGGAGAAUGACGACGUUAUGAUCCCUGAGGAGAAUGACGCCGACGACGACGAUCCGGAGGAGGAAGAUCUGAAUUCGCCGUGUACUUCGUCACUCGCCAUGGUCUCCGCGGCGGCUGUUGUGGUUUCCCCGACCGAUGCCGUAACCGUGGCCCUGCCGGCGGGAUCCGCCGUCGCUGUCGCCGCGAUUCCUGUAGAUUCCGAUCAGAAAUGGCAUCGUAUGACGGAGAUCGUUCAGCAGAGACCGGCGCUCGAUGACUCGAGACGGCUUUUUCAGAGGCUGUGGACGGACGAGGACGAGAUCGAGCUCCUCCGUGGGUUCCUCGUGUAUAUGACGUCGCACCGCGGGAGCAGCUCUCAUCCGCCGGACACGGCGCCGUUUUACGAGCAGAUAAAGUCGAGGCUUCAGCUGGAUUUCAACAAGAACCAGUUGGUGGAGAAGCUCCGGCGACUGAAGAAGAAGUACCGGAAUGUGAUGAGCAAGGUCAGCGCCGGAAAAGAGGUAUUCUUCAAAAGCCCUCAUGAUCAAGCUACUUUCGAGAUUUCUAGGAAGAUCUGGAACCAUUCCGGGAAAAUCAUAGGGUUUGAAGAUAACAACGUACCCGAUUUCGAGGAAACUAACCACCACCACCAUGUAAAUAACAACAAUGGCAAUUCAAUCAUAAACACCCCUAGUGGUAAUCUGAAUACGGAGAUUGAUUCUGAGAACGGCGUCGAGAAGAAAGCGAUGAUGAGUAACAGCAGUGGGUCAAGGAAACGAUCACGAUCAAGAAUAGGGAAGACAGAGGAAGACAAACCUGUUACCCCGUGCGAUGGAAACGUAGGAAAUGCAAACGAGAAUGUAGGCGGGGGGAAUCUAGCUGGGUUGAUAGAAGAGACUGUGAGAAACUGCGUCUCACCCGUGAUCAAGGAGAUGAUGAACGGGACAACGGCUAUGAUGAUGGCCACCAUGGGAGGGUUCCCUGGUGGUGGCGGCGGCCAUGGCUUAGGUGCAUUAAGCUUAAGCCCCAUCUUAAUGCAGCCACUGGGCUUGGGGCUUGGUGGUGGGGGUAAGUCGGUGGUGGAUGAGCGGUGGAGGAAACAAAAGAUUUUGGAGCUGGAAGUGUACUCGAGGCGAUUAGAGCUCGUGCAGGAGCAGAUCAGAGUCGCAUUGCACGAGUUAAGAACAAUGCCCAGUGGCUGACGAUGAAGAAGAAGAUUUGGAUGAUGAUGUAUAAGUUAUUAUGCCUCGCAAGGCAUAAUCUUUUUGAGUUCAAAUGGGUCUACGAGAUGGGCAAUUGGAAGUAGUCUCUGUCUUUUCUCUGUGUCUAUUUAUUUUCCUGUAAUAUGUCCAUAGGGAUGUGAGAGAGAGAGAGAGAGAGAGAGAGAGAGAGAGAGAGAGAGAGAGAGAGAGAGAGAAGUUUGUGUAUAAUAAACCUUUUUUUAAUAAGAGAUUUGUAGUUAGUUUGGUAAAACACGAAGAAGAUUAUCUUAAUUAA